AGAAUAGCUGAAUCCAAAUGCAAAAUAAUGGUCUAAACCCUCAGGAGCCCAAUUCAGAGAAUAAGAGGAAAGGAAUAGGGGGAAACAUGCGAAAGAUGAAGGGUGACUCGCAUCCUGACAUGCAAGGAAUAACAACCAUUGCGGAGGAGGUGAACAAAGCUGCCUCACAGGCUCAAGCGAAGGUGUCUCCCACCAUUUCAGUUAACCGCUCUGUCAUGCUGCAUUCCACCGAGCAUAUCAGGAUGAGCGUGGUGCAAAUUUAGACCCCGCAUGCCUCCUUCGCCCUUGCCAAACUUGAGCCUGUGUGGUGUGCACAGGCCCUUCUGUUAGUCAGCCCAUGUGAAAUGAAUGUUUAUCAGCCAGGCUGUCUAAGCAGCAGUGACCGGCUCUUUCUGAAGCCAGGGCCGCUGGAUCUGCCUUUGGCCUUGUUCCCAGCCACGCUUUGCAUCCCACUUCACAUCACACACAGAAGGCGCUGAAAUGCACUUUUACAGCAAAGCAUGUACAUUGCAACAUUUGACACUUGUUAAAGGUCUUCAGAGAAAUGAGGUGGAUGGCGAGCUUUGAUUUUUUAUUUAUUUUUUUCAAUCAACAGUAAAACUUGGACACCCGUAUUAUUAUUUAUUUUACACAGAGCAGUAACCAAUUAUGCUGGAAUUAGAUUAAGCUGAAUGAGCUUGAAGUAGGUAAAUUGUCUCAUUGUCUGCGUUAAGAUUCUGCCAGCUACUGUAUAAAGUGUAAAGAAUUAAAAGAAAUGGCCACUUGUACUCGAUUUGACCUUGCAAUAUAGCAAAACCUUGCUGAAAAGUUGGCUCCCAUCAUUUAUUAUUUGCAAUUAUCAUCAUGUUGAAGGUCAUUGCCAUAAUUCAUCCAAACAUGAAUUACUACAGACACUUACAGAACAUCUGAAUUUGUUUAGGAUGGUCACAGUGCACUAUAAAUCGUGGAUGCCUCAUUUACGCACAGCAUCUCUCUGUGUUAGUUUUACAAUAGUAAAAAAAAAAAAAAACAGCACUGUUGUAUCGUGCGGCUUCAUCACACAGCAUUUAACGCACUUCAUUUGAUAGCUGUCUGGUAUAGAGAUUGCUUGUGUUCUCUAGCAAUACCCGUCAUUCUCUUCGCUCAUUCACUGCCUUCUUAAAGGGCAUCGCGUCACGAGACCUGAUGCACCACCUCAGAAAGCAUCCAAACCGACGAGACGACUCAACGAAUUACUCCGGCUAUAAAGAAGAACAGGCUACGACUCCAGUAUGCAGCCCAAAUUCGCGGCUUGGUAAUGCUUCCAGGGAAAUGUUCCACUUACGACGAGUUUCGACUUACAGGGCAGUUCGACGUCACGCACGCGUUUUGAGCGCGCGCUGAGAGUCGCAGCGUUGUGAAACGAGCUGCCAUAUCCUCCUCGUGCCCCCUGUAUCCAUCUCGAACUCUGUUACGCGCGCGCAACUAAGGACACAGACGCCUCGUCUCAAACUUCCUGUCUUCUCGGAACUAUGUCUCUGUCUCUCGCUCUGUCAUUAAAGGUGGAAGUUCUGGUUUCGGUCUAGGCUAUGCCACUACUUCUGGCUGGAGCAGGAACUGUACAGACCGCGCUGUGAGAGGAUAUUUCUCAACCUGUGCCCAACUUGGACGAGGCUGAAUCGUUUAUAAAUGAGUGCGAUGCUCGGCUCCGGGGGAAAGUGAGCGAGCCCGUGUUUCCUCUCGCCGUGUCUCCGUCCUUCAUCUGGAUAGAUGUGUGAGCGACGUGCUUUCGGCUCGGUGCAGCGGCUGCGCGGGAAAUGAACGCGGCCGGCAAACGGCGAGCCGAUCCGCUCGAGCGCCCCGGCAGCCUCUGGCUCCCCACAUGGACAAAAACUGGACUCGCCCUUUUGUAUGAUGAAAAGACCAGUAAUACCUAUGACAUCCGUUUAAAGUUAACUAAAGAGAUAUUGACCAUACAGAAACAGGAUGUGGUCUGCAUAGGUGGUGGUGCACAUCACUUAAAUCACAGAACUGUUGUACUCCGAAGACAGGCAACUGGAGGCCUUGGUUUGAGUAUCAAAGGAGGAGCUGAGCAUAAAGUGCCUGUGGUCAUUUCGAAGAUUUUCAAAGAUCAAGUAGCUGAUCAGACGGGGAUGCUGUUUAUCGGCGACGCUGUGUUACAGAUCAAUGGCAUCAAUGUGGAGAAGUGCACACAUGAAGAGGUUGUUCAUCUCUUGCGAACUGCUGGAGAUGAAGUUACAAUCACUGUGAGGUACCUCAGGGAGGCACCAGCCUUUUUAAAGCUCCCAUUAGGCUCUCCAGGACCGUCCAGUGAUCAGAGUAGCAGAGCAUCCUCGCCACUUUUUGACAGUGGCUUACAUUUAAAUGGGAAUUUGAGCAACACAGCUCCGUCUUCACCCUCCUCACCCUCGGCUAAUGAACCAAAGUACGAGAAGCGUUGGCUGGACGCCGUCUCCCUCCCCCUGUCCAUGGCUCGAGUCUCUAAACACAAAGCUGGAAGCGAUAAAUUAAGGUCAAACAGUUUUGAAGUAUUUGCCUUAGAUGGAGCAUGCACCAAUGUUCUACAGUUUUGCACUGCAGCAGAAAGUACAGAUUGGCUUCAAGCAAUAUCAACCAAUAUUAAUGAUCUGACCCAGGAGUGUAUAAAAACUGCAAACAAGUACUAUUCUGCUGAUGAGCAGAUCAUCCAUAUGGGUUGGGUGUGUGAGCAUCUUCACAGGAAUGAUGCCAACCGGGUUCAAAGCUACAAGUUCCUGGCAUUGAAAGGCUCCUCUCUCUACAUUCUCAGGGGCCCUCCUGCUGGUGCGUCAGAAUGGGCUCAAGCUGAGGCCACAUUUAACCUCUGUGAGGUUCUCUUUAAAGUUCAUAAGCUGUGGAUAGCGGAGGACUGCUGGAUUCAACCGAAGCUGUGCGUGGGCCUGCAGCAGGACUGUGAGCUGCGGGACAGCGAGGGGUUCAGCUUUAGUGUGCUGGUGGGUCACGGACAGAGCUUCUGCUUCAGUGUGGAGCUGGGUACAGAGCUGGCACUCUGGGAAAAAGCCUUUCAGAGAGCCGUUUUCAUGGAGGUGCAGAGAACAGGGUCAAAAAUCUACAUGUGCAGUAGCCAAGGGAAAAUACUGUGCUUUACAGUCGACUUUGAAUCUGGCUUCUCCUGCUCUGAGAGCAUUUCAAAGAACGUCAUUUGGAGAUAUAAAUUUUCCCAACUGAAGGGUUCUUCAGAUGAUGGGAAGACAAGAGUAAAACUAUUAUUUAAAAAUUCAGAAAACCAACAGAUAGAAAUGAAGGAACUGGAGUUUGCUAACCUGACAGCUGUUCUUCACUGUAUCCACUCCUUCAUUGCUGCCAAGGUGGCCUCAGUGGAUCCACUCUUUGUCAACAAUCAAAGCAUACGAAAGUACAUGUACAACAGCUAGAAACACAAAUGUUGUAAGGAACAUGUACCAUCCUGUCUGUGGUUUCAUCUACUAUUUUAUGCACAAUAUCUAUGAAUAUAUCUAGUUCUUGGUAUUUUUGUAUGACUCUUCUAAACUAAAUAUUGAGAGAAAAAGAACUUUUGGAUUAGAUGAUAUUUUGACAUGCACUGAUCAAUGGUUUGGUACUUGAUUAUUCAAUCUUCACUGGUCUGCUUAAAAAAUUAUGUUGAUUCAUGUAGCAAAGCAAAUGUUCACAUUUACUACAUGGCAUUAUGGGUUUGUAAAUGCAUGCAUUGCAUUCAACACUUUACAGACCAUUACGGGUGAACCUCGUAAGAGGUUAAUACUGUAAUAUAAACUUCAGUCCUUGUGUUUUUAUCUAAAACUAUUGACCGAUAGAUAAUUAUCCCUAAAUCAGUGUACAGAUUUAACUGUUAAAAUCUCUAUAUUUUUUUCAUGAUUGCAAUCUUCAUUAUUAUACUUUGAUCUUGUUUUUAUCAAACUGCUGCACAGUAACUGCAACAAAGCCUCAACUUCUAUCAACUUUAGCAUGAAGUGAAAGUCACAUAAUUUUGUAUUGGAAGUGUCCAUUAUUUUCACCUUUUCAAUUUAAAAUUCCUUGAUGAGGACACAUUUCGCAGAUUUGUAGUAUAGGCAUUUGAUUAAAAUAGAAAUUAGAUCUCGUAAGGUCGCCAACUACGUUCAUACAAAAGUUUCUUUCUCUUUCUAAUCUAUGAUCAAAUUGAAGGCCCAUAAUUUGCCACAUUGUUCUAUAUGGUGUUAUUCAGUACCUUUCCAAAUAAAGGAGCAGUUAAUUAA